GUCAGAAACGGCCACUUUUGCUCUGCAGAGACCUUAUUCUCGCUCGGUCGUGAACGGAGAGUGAACGGAGAGCGGUCGGAGGCGCACAUCCGCGUUUCAGUGAUGAACUUUUAAAACAGCCGUAAAGACCCGGUCACCGCAGACAUGAGACGGACUAAAGCGGACGUGGAGCGCUACAUUGCUACAUUUCAAGGCGCCUCUCCUUCCCAGAAAGCGAAGCCUGUCAAAGGAUUUCUGUUUGCCAAGCUAUACUAUGAGGCCGAGGAGUAUGAACUGGCUAAAAGACAUGUUUCUGAGUAUCUCACCGUCCAGCCAAAGGAUCCUAAUGCGCACAAGUUCCUCGGGCAGCUGUUUGAGCGUGAUGGUGAAACGGACAAAGCUGUGGGAUGUUACAAGCGAUCACUGGAUCUGAAUUCUGCUCAGCCCAAUCUGGUCCUGAAGGUGGCUGAGCUGUUGUGCAGUAAACCUGUUUAUGACAGCCAAGCCGAGUUCUGGGUGGAUAAAGCGGUUGGGCUUCUGCCGAGAAACCCCACCGCCUUCAAUCUGAGGGAGAAGCUUCUGAGCGCUCAGAGUGGCUCUAACCAGCUGUACAAGCUGGUGCCGUUGGAGCUGAAGCUGCGGCCCGCAGACACCUACAUCAACUGCAAGCUGGUGCAGCUCUACAUCGCCGAGGGCCGACGCGAGGACGCCGUCAAACACUGCCUCGCCGUGGAGAAGGCCGGUGUCCUGAGAGACUGUCUGGAGUGGUACGAGCUGUUGGUCAACACCCUUCAGGAGUACGUCUGCCAGCCGAGCGUGUCGUCAAACAAACAGGUGUCACGCAAGAUUCACAAAGAGCUGCUGCUGGCACAGUGUAGCCGCGUGAGACUGACACUGGCGCUGAAGGGUUGUGAGGAGAGCACCGCUGCACUCUGGAGUUUUGACUGUGCGAUGCAGGCUCUGAAGAACACGGCCACAAACACAGUGGACGAGCUGGCGGAGGUGUUCACGGAGAUGAGAGCACACCUGUACCUGUACGCCGGGACGCUGCUGCUGAAGAGGGCGCAGGACGGGGCGCAGCAGUGGAGGGCCGUGUUGGAUCUGGCCACUCUCUGUUAUCUCAUAUCCUAUCAGUCUCCAAGACCCAAAGCCAAGAGCUUCAAAGGUGAGCAGGUGUCCCAUGAGCCUCUGGAGCUGCUGGCCUGUGAUCGUCAGAGUCAGGCGGGUCACAUGCUGCUGAAUUUGAGCCAGGAUGUGGAGCAGCUGUUGAAGAACGUGGUGGAGGCAUUUGGCAACCGGAGCGGCCGGGGUCGUUUGUUUUACAAGCUCUUUGCUGCACAGAUGCAGGCACAGCUCUCCUUCAUCUGCAACGAUGACAUCUACGCCCUCAGCACACAGGUGCCCAAAGCUACCGAUCUGGCCAGGUGGGAUAGCGGAGCGGUGUUGCUGCAUGCAGGUGAUCUGCAACAACUGGCGUGGCUCGGCCUGCAGUGGGCGCUCAUGGGUCAAAGUGUGAGUCUUCAGGACUGGCUCAAGCAGCUCUUCCCUCUCCUCACGCUCGAGACCUCCAAACUGGACACCAACGCACCUGAUUCCAUCUGCCUGCUGGACCUGGAGGUGUUCGUGUGUGGCGUGGUGUUCUGCAGUCAGACGGAGCUGCAGGAGAGCGCGAAGAUGGCGUCCUGCUCUCAGCCACACGAGCCGCGCUGUCUGCCGCUGCACAUCAUGAAGCAACUGCCGUCUGACAGGCAGAGAGAGUGGUGGGAUGCCGUCUACAGCCUGAUUCACAAGAGAGCGCCCCCCGAGAUGACUGCUAAACUGCAUCUGGUCAUUGAGCACGGUCUCAGCACGCUGCGUGCCGGAAAGAAACACGGCCUUCAGCCGGCGCUGCUCAUACACUGGGCUAAGCAUCUCUUUGACGUUGCUGAGCGGGUAAACUCCGACUACGAUCAGAAGGACUAUGCUGGCCGCAGUGUGCACUACUGGAAGGUUGUGCUGCCCCUGCUGGAGAAGAUCCGACACAAAGGCAGCAUCCCUGAACCCCUCCAGCCCUUGUUCAUGCACUUUCGGAGCAGAGACAUACAGCCUUCUCAGGUGCGAGUAUAUGAGGAAGAUGCUGACAUAAGCUUCGCCAUACUCCUUGACAUCGAGGGCAACACUGAGGAGGCCAUCGUGAAGCUGGAGAAACUCAACAGCAUCUCGUCUAACUGGCAUCUGGCGAAGAUCUAUCAGAGGCUGUCAGAGGAGGCAGAAAAUGGGCUUAAUGAAACUCAUGGCAGGUGCAACAACUUCCUCAAGAAGUUCAAGAAAUGCUUGACCAAGAUUUAUCAGGCCAAUGCAGAGGAUAUGGAGAAGUUACCUGUAUCUAUGGAGGAGGUGAUGGAGUUGUUGAAUGAGGUCAACCAGCAGCUUGAAGAUAUUGGUGAUGUGGAUGAAGAUCAGGUGGACUAUCCUCUGACAUGGCCCGCUGAAGGCCGUGUUAAAUUCUCCACUCCAUCCCCAUCCAAGAGUGUCACGUCACCAUCCAAAACGCCUCCUCACUGGGUGGAGGACCAGAAGUCAAUGCUGCAGAUGUUAUGCGAGCAGGUCGAGGCCUUGAAGAAUGAGGUUCGUGACCUGAGCCGUAAUUCUUCAGAUGGCACGGCAUCCUCAUAUAGGAGGUAUCAAGACAAUUAUGCUGCAGAAGGACUUCAGGAAACUUUUCUUCUCACUGGUCCCUCUGUGUGCUACAACCAGUCAACACACAGCCCACCUCUCCAGUCAACACCUACAAGCAUGUAUCCUGAAGAGCAGGUCUUUGGUCCUCACAUUCACUUUGAGUCUCAAGCUACAUCCUUACUCUCUGAAUACAGUGAGGAGUAUUACAGUCACAAUGUUCCUCAGCCCACAGUCAAUCCAGAGCCUCCUACUGAAGGAGUAGCUGCCCCAACAACAUCAGCAACUACUUGGGAGGAUGGGCCUAAUUUUGAACCCAUUGUGCCUCUUCCUGAAAUGGUUGAUGUGAAAACUGGUGAGGAGGAGGAAGAAGAGAUGUUCUGCAAGAGAGCAAAACUCUUCCGAUUUGAUUCGGAGACAAAAGAAUGGAAAGAGAGGGGCAUUGGCAGUAUUAAAAUCCUGAAACACAAAACCUCUGGGAAAGUUCGUCUGUUGAUGAGGAGGGAGCAGGUUCUGAAAAUCUGCGCUAAUCACUAUAUCACUGCCGAUAUGGCCCUUAAACCAAAUGCUGGAUCUGACAAAUCCUGGGUGUGGUACGCUAUGGACUAUGCAGAUGAAAUGCCGAAGACUGAGCAGUUGGCCAUUCAUUUUAAUACGGCAGAUGAGGCGGCGCUGUUUAAAGUCAAAUUUGAGGAGGCUCAGAAGUUCCUCUCAAAAUCCCCACAAGGCCAACAGACUGAAAAGAAAAGUGAAACUCCACAGCCUCAGGUUUCAUCCAAAGAAGUAGAUCUCAAAACCAUGUUUUCCAAGAAGGAGGGUGAAUGGGACUGUGAUGUGUGCAGUGAAAGAAACGCUCCAACAUCUGCGGUAUGUGUGGCCUGCAGCACUCCAGCUCCUUCUACAGCAGAGGCGAAGCCUAGAGAGGAACUCCAAGGCUCUGGCCCUGUUGCUCUUCCUGCCAAACUUUCUUUUGAACUUUCUGGAAAUUCUACUAAGAACACUGCCAGCACUGAUGUCAGCUUGAAGGGCUUCACGGUUGGAUUGGAGGAUGCUGAGGUGACAUCUGCUGGCUUUGGAGCUCAGGCUGAGAUGAAAACAAUUCAGGCUGAAGCACUACAACAAGAGAAAGUGUCAGCAGCUCCAGCAGUCCCAUUUGGCACUGGAUUUGGUGCUCAGAUUGUCAAGGAAGAGGGUCAGUGGGACUGUGACUCCUGCCUAGAGACGAAUGAUGCCUCAGCAACUGAAUGCGUUUCUUGCAAAGCCCCCUGCAGCAUUGAAAAAAGUAAAGCAGCAUCACAAGGUGGAUUAGCUGCCAUGUUAUAUAAAAAAGAUGAAGAGUGGGAUUGUGACACUUGCUUGGUAAGAAACGAAGGUUCAUCUAGCCAUUGUGUUUCAUGUCAGACAGCAAACCCAAAUAUGAAAAACAAGAUAUCUGCUGCACCUGUUGCAGAAUCUGAGGCAAAAUCGCCAGACAGACAGUCAGAAAGUGAAUCUGCAUCUGACCUCAAAAAUAUUGCUGAGCUUCACAAAGAGAAAGAUAAAGAGGCAGCCCCCAGUUCCUCAGAUCAGGCUGUAAAUGCUGAUAGUCACAACAAUAAUCCCCUCAGUACUGGUAACACCCUUAGUUUCGCUGACUUGGCAAAGUCACAAGGUAAUUUUCAGUUUGGCCAGACGGAUCCCACUUUCAAAGGCUUUCCGGGGGCUGGCGAGCAGCUCUUUACAGGGCUUCAUUCCAGCCCCAAGGCCGACACCACUGUCAAUCAAGAUGAUAAAAUGUACAAAACCAAGGAAAAUGGUAAUAAUCACUUUAACACUGAUGUGCCACCGUCUGAUCUUUUUGAAGUCUCAGCUGAAGAGGAGAAUGAGGAAGUCCAUUCCAGUCACCAGGGCAAAUUAAACUGUAAUAAUCAAGAUCUUUUUCAGACACCUGGGGCAAAUCUUGGCACUCAAAGCACCAAGACUGUGGUCUCUCCUCCAGAGAAUGUCAUUGGGUCAGAAUCUGUGCAGAAGAUCUUUGGAAGCCCUUCACCAUCAAAAGAAAAAUCUCCUGAUAUGAUUUCCAGCUCAAAUGAUGAGGAAACGGGUGUCUCAAGACUGAAAACCUCUGGACCAGCAGUGACCAGCCAGUCAUCAGUUGAGACUCCUUUCAGUAUACCAACAAGCGGUCUGUCUUUUGGAUUUGCCUCUUCGGAUGUGUUUUCAUUUGCAGAACUGGCAAAGGGUUCAGAUGACUUUGCAUUUGGCAAAAAAGAUGAAAACUUCACGUGGUCAGGUGCAGGAGCCCCAGUCUUUCGUAGCACAGAGGAACAAAGUGAAGGAGAAAAAACAAGCAAUGAAGGAGAAGAAGAGCGUAGUAAUGAUGAGACGCCCACUUUGAGCUGAUCGUCUCUCUGCCUGUGUGGCUGACGAAAAUAUGUUUAUUCGCCAGCUGAGAGCGGAAGAUGCUGCUUCUUGCUCCAGGCCAGGAGGCGGCAGAGAUGCAAACGUGACUUUUGCCAAGCACCAUUACACAGCAGCAGCAGCAGCAGAAGACAGAAAAGAAAUUGCAUUAAAAACUUGGAUGAUAAGUCCUUAAAAAGAAGACGAGAUAUAAGCAAAAUACCUGGGAAUGUUUGUAUGAAAAAACAAGGAGCUGAUAGUAAUAUUGAUUAACAUUUUAAUUCUUGAGUUAAAAAUAGCCAUUAACAAUUCAAAGAAUACAACACCAAGGAGAAACAUGAUCAAACAUACCAGAGGUAGCCAUUGAAGCAUUAUUGGAUCUGUUUAUUCAUAUAUGGAAUGAAGGCAUUCCCACAGAUUGGAAAAGUGAAAUAGUGAGACCAGUAGUGAAACCAGGGAAACAAAAUCUAGUAGUUAUAGGCCAAUUGCCCUUACAUCUACAUUAUGCAAAGUAAUGGAGAAAGAAGAAAUAUUAUCAUCAGAUUAGAGUGGUUUUAGGAAGAAGAGAUGUACAGUGGGGCUGGAGCUAAAUCAGAACUGAAGAAAAUGAAUAACACAGUCCAGAGCAUUUAGAAUCUGCUGUGGUGCAAUAAGAUCAAGCCCUUUAGAUGCCUUUAGAUUUAAGAAGAGAAAAGCUUGCUAUGAUAUAUUGGGGUAACGUAACUUGCAGGGUAGUGAUAAGAAUCAUUGUACAUGCACACACAAUUUUAAAUGUGUGGGUUUAUAAAUCUUUGUUAACAUUGGUUAAGACAAAUACAGUUGUUCAUUGUUAGUUCAUGUUAGUUCACAGUGCAUUAACUAAUGUUAACAAACACAACUUGUGAUUUUAAUAAUGCAUUAAUA